AUGGAAGCGUCACCGGUCACUCUCAUCACCAAAAGUUGUGUACUCUUCACUCUCAAAUCCCAAUUGUUAGGGUUUUGAUUCAAUUUCAAUGGAAGUCUCAUCACCAUUUCCACCAAUGAAACGGAACAAGAGGUCGCUGUCUCCGCCGGCAACAACCAUCGUCGAUCUGAACGUGGAUUCGCUGGCUCAGUGCGCCACCAACUUAAGCCUCCAGGACCUCUCCAACGUCGCCAUGACCUGCAAAUAUUUCAGAAUGGUCGCAUAUUCCGACUUCAUCUGGCGGCGCUUGUACUGGGAGCGGUGGCUGCAGCAACCACCGUCCUCCUCCUCGCAAAAGCCAGAAGUGAAGGAGGCCUAUCUAUCCAUGCGUAAGGAUUCGCAGCAAUUCAAGUUUUCCGAUCCGAAUGUCGUCGAUAUCCGCACCGCCAAUUCAAAUCGUUUCGAUCACAUAUUAUUGGACAAGAAUGCUAUAGUCUUCUCUCAGGGUUCAUGGAUACGAGUAAUAUCGAUUGAUCGUCCGUUAAACCGAAGGGUUCGCUUCUCACUCUAAGUGGUCACAGUGCAAGAAUUAAUUGCAUGAGGUUGUUUCCGCUGAAUGAAACAUAUUUAUGUCGAAACGAAACACAGAAAGAGGGAGUGUUUUGGUAACUUCAAGCCUUGACCAUUCCAUUCGGCUAUGGUGGAAGGGUGCUUGCCGUAGAUGUUUUAGAGGUUCCAUUGGCCCCAUUUCAGCAUUGUCAGAUAAGUUGUUAGGCGAUGGAACAGGAAAAGUAUUGGCAAGUGGAGGGAAAGAUGGCAAUGUUAGCCUUUGGUCUCUUAGCUCCUGUGGUAGGCGUGGCCAACAUGCUUUAAAGGCUACUUCCUAUGGGCGUGAGAAGCCCAUUCGAUUGAUGUCUGUUGCUGGGCACAACACCUCUCACUUGGUAACCGUUUCAAGAGAUUCUAAGGUGAGUGUGUGGGAUACAAAUGCUCGUUCUUCAUGCUGUGUGGGGAUGACUUCUACUCUUGGUGCCCCUAUAGACAUGAAGUGUCAUGAACAUUUGGUCUAUGUUGCUGCUGGUUCCUCCAUUACGGCAAUUGAUUUGAGGAAAAAGGAAAAAGUUGCCAUUGCUGCAGUGGAUGCAAAGAUAUGUUCUUUUCAGGCAAUGCCUUCCAAAUCUUUAUUCUGCAUAGGCAGCCAUGGCAGAGCGAUGCUUUACGAUAUAAGGAUGAACUGUGGCACCCAGAAAUCAGAACCAAUAGCGGAGUUAGAGGCUGGACACAAGGGGCCGGUGAAUUACUUGCACAUGGACCCAUACAAAAUAGUCACCGGAAGCCCGAAGGAUCAGCAUGUUAAAAUUUGGGAGGCCGACACUGGUGCCCGAACCAAUUCCUUGACCUGUGGUCCAGAAGGUGUAACAAAUAGAAGAUCUGAGCUUGGUGCCCUAGCUGUAAAUGGGAGUCGAAUAGUUACUGGAAUCGUCAAUGUCUGCGAUGAUGUGAGAGGAUGUUUACGCUUUAGGGAUUUCAUAGAUGCUUCUUGCACUGACAUGAAUCGCGAUGAACCUCCUGCUACAAGGUUUUGGAUUUGAUAGUCUUGCAUGUUAGUGUGUAAGCGUAUUAGCAGAGAAUAAAUUUAGCCAUUUUACUUGUUUUAAUCAGAGCCCUUGGAUCAUAUUCCAAAUGGAUGCUCUAGAGUAAGUUACAUUACGUUUGGAUGAGGGAAAUAAACUUGGAAUUUGGAUUAAAGACAUAAUUUAUAAAUUGACAUGCACCAA